CGUCCCGAUGCUGAACCUAUACUGUAAUUGUAGAACACAGAAAAACGUCGUCCUCAUGGUUAUCUUCUCAGACAGUUAAUUUCACGCCAACAAUAUACUCGCGUUUUAGAACAGCUUUUAUUUGCCUUAUUUAUUCUGAGAGAGUUCAGAUUUUAUGUCAAAUAUUUAUUUAUAGUUUCAAAACGUUUACAUGGCUACAGCAAGCGGCAAUUGUAACCACGGCAGCGCCCGUUCAGAGAAGGACAGGUUGGUUUCCUCUGUGUCUCCUCACGGCUACGGCUCCAGCGACAGCAGCGGCAAGCAUGUUCACCACAGAGACAGCCAUGGCAACCCCCGGUUGCCCACGGCGACGGCGGGUGGUUGGCUGGGGGCGGAGCAGGGAGAGGAGGCCCUGCGCAGGAAGAUCAAGUACUUCUUCAUGAGCCCCUGUGACAAGUUCCACGCCAAGGGCCGCAAGCCCUUCAAACUGGGCCUGCAGCUGCUCAAGAUUGUCAUUGUCACCGUGCAGCUGGUGUUGUUUGGCCUCAGCAACCAGAUGGUGGUGACGUUCAAGGAGGAGAACACCAUGUCCUUUAAGCACAUCUUCCUGAAGGACUAUGACGAGGGCUCCGACGACACGUUGGCCGUGUACACACAGAGCGAUGUCUACAAACACAUCUUCCACGCCGUAGACCAGUAUGUGGUGCUACACGAGACCACGGUGGGACACUAUGCGUACGUCUAUGGGGUCGGGGUGAACGGGAGUGCCCUCUCGCUCUGCCAGCAGUACUACAAGAAGGGCAGCAUCGAUCCCACCAAUGAUACCUUCAACAUUGACCCUCGUGUUAUCACAGAUUGUGUGGGAGUUAACCCUCUGUCAGUCCCUCGAGCGCCUUUAGGCAGUGACUACAAGAACUUUACCCUCAAGUUCCACAAACUCAUAAACGUGACGAUACAGUUCCAACUAAAGGCCAUCAACAUUCAGACCAUCAUCAACAACGAGAUUCCUGACUGUUACACCUUCUUCAUAACGAUAGUCCUGGACAACAAGGCUCACAGUGGUAAAGUGAGGAUCAGUCUGGAAAACCAGGCUUUUAUAAAGGAGUGUAAAGACCCCAGUGUGUCUGGCCACGCGGAGAACUACACACGGCUAGCGCUUGACGUGGUGGUGGCGAUCGUUUGUAUGCUGUCCCUGCUGCUGUGUGGCCGCUCCAUACUCCGCGGCAUCAUACUACAGGCCGAGUUUGUCGAGUUCUUCAAGACUAACCUGGGCCGGAAAGUAAGUUGGGAUGAAAGGAUGGAAUUCAUCAAUGGCUGGUACAUCCUGCUCAUCAUCAGUGACGUCCUCACCAUCAUCGGCAGCGCCAUUAAGAUCGGCAUCGAGUCCAAGAAUAUGUCAUCGUAUGAUGAGUGUGGCAUCCUGUUGGGGACCUCCACCUUGUUGGUGUGGGUCGGAGUCAUUCGCUACCUCAGCUUCUUCCAGAAGUACAAUAUCCUGAUCGUGACCUUGCGAGCUGCGUUCCCCAACGUGAUCCGGUUCUGCUGCUGUGUGGCUGUCAUCUACCUGGGCUACUGCUUCUGUGGCUGGAUCGUGCUGGGGCCCUAUCACGUCAAGUUCCGCUCUCUCUCCAUGGUGUCGGAGUGCCUGUUCUCGCUGAUCAACGGCGACGACAUGUUUGUGACCUUCUCGGAGAUGCAGGAGAGCAGCACGCUGGUGUGGGUGUUCAGCCAGGUCUACCUGUACACCUUCAUCUCCCUCUUCAUCUACAUGGUACUGUCGCUCUUCAUCGCCCUCAUCACCGGCGCCUACGAAACCAUCAAGCAUCAAACCCAGGAGCCCUACCACAUUACGGACCUGCACGCCUUCAUCGCAGAGUGCACUGACACGCCCAGCUCGGGGAUGUUCCGGGGCCUAGAGACCUCGCCAUGCUCUUUCUUCUGCUGUUGUGACAGAACGACAACAUACGAGGAUGUCCUUUUGGUGAACUGACUGGGCUGGGGUGUCUGGACCUACAGCGCUCUCUGCUGGCCGGAGUACCACACUGCAUCCAGAUUUUAAUUGUCAUUACCAUCAAAUCUGGGUCAGGCAUGAGCACUUACUUGAAUGAGGGGCCUCAGUUCAACCAUAUACAGACAGAGGACUGUGAGCUGAAAGCCUAAUCUUUUUUUGAUUGGAUUCAUUGGCCAGACCUCCUGCAUUGUGUGAAUGUUAUAGGGAUGUUGCCUGGAUGUGACAUAGUAACAUACAGCUCAACACAGCAUUCCCCACACAGAAAGAGAACAACAGUAUUUUACCAAAAAUCUGGAUAUAUGCACAAUCCAUACUUGCUGAGGGCCAUAGUGCAAUGUGAAAUGUCUUGUUAGCAUUAAUGCUAAUGUUUAGCUGCUUUUAAUUGUUUUACAUGGGUUUUUAGGUGUUCAGUAAGCUGCAAAAUGGACAAGAACUGGACAAAGCAUGUUAUUAAUAUCAGAAGUUCUGGUUAUAUAUGAAGGGGAUGACAAUGACAUGCAUACUUCAUACUAGGUCAGAGACUGCUCUGGAGUAGCAUUUCCACUGUCCCUAAAAGGAGAGGGCACUUAAGCCCAAGUCAUAUGACUCACCCAAGAACAUCAUUGCCCUGUCAUGAGGCGCAAGCCCAGCAAGAACUGCUGAGAGCAAGGCUGGCUUCGCCACAGUGCUUCGUGGUCGCCACCGCUGCACUCAAGUGUACAAGUAAAUUGAACUUAAACCCUGCACUGCAUCUGGACCCAAUGGCUCACUCAAUAGCCUUAAUCUUUGCUCAGAUGUACAAAUCUCCUGCCUAAUAGGCUGAGUUUAGACAGGCAGUCCAAUUCUGCUCUUCUUUUGACCAAUCACAUCAGAUCUUUUUCAGAGUUGAUCCGUUUUGGUAAAAAAAAAUACAGAUUAGUAGAUAUAAGAUAAGAUUUGAGCUUCCUGUCUAAACGCAGCCAUAGUAUUUCAGAGUUUAAGACCGAUCCAUUAACAAAACUGUACUUACACCAAGGUGCUGGUUCUGGUCUCCAGGAACAAUAUCCAUAGAAUUGUCCUGUAGUUUAAGUUGGACAGAGAAAGAGAUGCAGUGCAUCAUCUCAAGCACACCUACAGUACCAGUAGUUUCAGUAGGUGUCCAUCCGAUGACACAGCACACAGGGUAAAUGUCAGUGCUAUUGUUGAUUUGUACGUGUCAAGUUGUACACUGUACAUGUCCUGUUCACGACGCACAAAUGAUGCUGCUUCCUCAGAGGUCAUUUGAAAGGGGACCCGUAGUGAAGUAGUCAAAUCCACUCCGAGUCUCACAAAGACCCACUAACACAAUACCCACCAUGGCACAGCAUUCCGGUCGCAAUGGUAAUGUGACUUUCCAAUUUUGCCUGACCUGAAUGUAACUUCUUUAAAUGAGGAAACUACAUGAUUGGAAAAUGGAGGGUUCAUCUUUUUUUGGGGGUGGGGGGGGUGAAUUUUUAAAAGGCCUAAGCUCCAGUCAUGGACAAUAUGGAUGGAGAACUGCAGAUUGUAUCCGACUGGUCUACAGAACAAAGACUGCCUGCGAGUAACGAGGAGAGGAUAACGAGCAGGCAGGACAGCUAAACGAGGCCAGAGGGAUGGGGUAUUUGCGAGCACUGCAGUAAUGCCUGUGAUGUUGACCCAGAACAAUGCUCUUACAUAUGUUUCGUUCCCAUUCUGUUUUAUGCCUCAUAAUGAUGCCUAGUUUAAAACUAGCCAAUUACUUUGUCCUAGUGAAAGUUUAAAUUAUUUCGUGUUUUUUUUUUAUGUUGGGUUGUUUCGGUAUCUAGAGAGGAACGCCUAAGGGGAGUGUGGUCUUCCGGUUCAGACUCCAGAAAGUGGUCAUGCCUUGAGUUUUGUACUCCAAUCACUAUUGAAGAAGAAAAAAUCAUAUAUUUUUUAAUAGGUUAUAGGCCUGCUUCCAUUACGGUCCCUAGCUACUUCUUCUAAAAGUGAACCUUUUGGCGUUUUGAUAGAUUCCAAAGAACCAAGGUGUAGGCAAAGUUCUAUGGGAAUAUAACCUCCCAAAUAGGCUAAAAGCAGAGCUUUCACCAUAUCCGUUCUUUAGGAUCUGAGAACACCAAAGGGCUGGAGGCUACGAGAAGUGGCUAGGGGCCGAAAUGGUACAGGGCCAUAGCCUGUCUGCCGGUUAGUGAGGAGUCAUGUAGCUCUUAUUUUAAUGGUCAUAUAGUACAUUUAAAUUAAAUGUAUGUUCUUAACUAAGCAGUACACAAACAGGAUUUGUUUUUGGCCUUGCGAUUGUAUAUUGUAGUAUUAGACACUUAGAUGUCCUGUCCAAGCAGUCUGUAGACAUGUAAACAGUUCAUUGUGUAAUCUUUUUUUUAAUGUUGAUCUUACUUGAACAUUGUUUUGAGUAUGUUGGAUAUCUGUGCCACACUCAGUACGAAGCAAAACCACUGAUGAUUAAAUGCCUGUUUGUUCACCUG